UCAAACUCUACGUACUGCAUCAAAUAUAAUUAAAAGCAAUUUGUAUAAAAUCAUAUAUAACAAAAUAUAAUGAAGACUCUUCAUCAGCUGUUGCCUGCAUUAUCUCUUUUCUUUUCUUUAUCGUUCCUCCCCUUCAUAGCCUUUUCAAUAAGGCAGUUUCCUUUACCGCCGGUAGUCGGCGUGGAUGGAAAGGAGGUGAAGCUGGGCGAGUCGUACUAUGUUUCCUCCACUCUGUUCCCACCACUUGGGGUUUGCCUGGUGGACAACGUUAAGUGUCCCAAAGACAUCAUCCAGUGUCCCUCCUACUACGACGACCUUCGCGGCCUGCCUGUCACCUUCUCCUCCGUCGUCAACUCCACGGAGGACACCGUGGUUCGAGAGAACACUCCCUACCGUAUUCAGUUGUCCGCCCCUGGAAACUGUAGCGACGAAAACUUCUGGUACUUAAAGGAUGACGAAGGAUACGCCGACAAUGAUUUCGUCGCCAUAGGUCCCAAGAAACUCGCUAACGAAUUUAUAGUCCAAAAAGUGGAGUCGGGGUACAAGAUCAUCCAGUGCGUACUAAUUCCAAUUCCACCAACUCCCAUUUGCUACGACGUUGGCUUCUUAUCCACGUAUGGAUAUAAUCGUCUGGGUAUAGGGUUGGGCGUCCAGCCUGCCCAGUUUUUCUUCGCCAUUGCUACAUUUCCACCGUCGCCAUCGCCAUCCACGCCUCCAGCGUCGCCAUCCACACCUCCACCGUCGCCAUCCACAAGCCCGCCCACAGCUAGUAUAGAUAAUAAUUCACUGUACCUACCACAGUGAUCAAUUUGUGGAGUGUUUUAAUUUGUUGGGGACAUGUAAUAAUUUGUCUUAUCUGUUGCAUAGGACAGCAGCUCAGUACGUACUCUCAGGUGUUAUGCAUGUAUCCUUAAUUUCUUAGUAUGGGUGAAUGAAAUAAUUGAGUUCUUUAAUAAUAAAUAAAAUUUAUUAUGACA